AUGCCUAGUUGUAUAUAUGAGAAAUAUUGUGCUGCGGUCCUCGAAGUCGUUGCUACAAACUCACCGGAGUCUGAUUUAUUACUACUUGGUGACUUCAACCAACCCAACACGACAUGGGAGAACCUAUCAAUGUGUACCCCCGCCUACUCGUCACAAUGUAUUAUAGACCUAUCAAAUCUGUUACACCUCCAUCAAUGUAACGAAGUCAAGAACUAUCGUGGUGUAAUACUGGAUCUCGUCCUUACCACUAUCUCUGAUACAACUGUCUUUCCUGCCACUGAAACUAUUGUACCUAUCGAUGUAAAUCACCCACCUCUGGCAUUCUGCAUCAGUCUCCAGAAGAUAGAUACUCCACUCAACCCAACCCCGUGCCACAAUCUCAAGAAGUGUGACUUGGACGCUGUCUGGGAGUGGAUCCAGAUACAAAACUAUCCUACGAUUUCCUCCUGUAAUGUAAUUAAAAAUUUUACUUCCUUCUGUGAAAACCUAGCUGAAGUCAUAAAGCUCAACUCUCCACUCAAGCCUCAAAAGAACUGCUCUCAUUCCCCUAGAUGGUUUAGUGGUGAUUUAAAGAUGAUAGUUAUCCAAAAAAAGACGGCUCAUAGACUCUUUAAAGAAACUGGCGAAAUAUAUUAUUAUGAGGAAUUCAAACGGCUCAGGAGCCUGUGCAAACUGCUUACAAAUGAAUGUCAUAAUUCAUAUAUUUCUUUCUUGGAAUCCUCCAUACCCAAAAACAUAAAAGUGUUUUGGUCCCACAUUAGGAAUCUCAAGUCCACUACAAUUCCAUUUCGGAUGUCAUCUAAAGGCAUUAGCACCGAAGAUCCCCAAGAUCAGUGUGAGCUCUUCGCUGAAUUCCAUUCCUCAGUAUACACAGAUAAAGCUGCCCCGAGCUGUGCAUUUGAAUUCGAGACUAACACUGGCAUGCACAACCUUGUUUUAACGGCCUACCAAGUUGAAAAGAAACUUAGUGCACUGGAUCCCUAUAAAGGUAUGGGACCGGACGGUAUUCCUCCCUCAGUCCUCAAAUACUGCAGUCCUAUACUAGCACCUCAUAUUGCAUCUUACUUUAAUUCUCUGCUGGCAAACGGACACUUUCCCAAAUGUCUCAAAACUAGCUACGUGGUGCCAAUUUUCAAAUCUGGGAACCGAGGUGAAGUAUCAAAUUACAUGCCCAUUGUGAUCCAGUGCGCUUUGGCCAAGGUUUUUGAGAGUCUUGUCCUGGACGGGCUGUAG